AUACACAGCAGCUUUUUUUGUUCCUCUCUCCGGAGUGAGCACGGCUCCUUCUCCAAACUCUGCGGAGGGAAAAGUGGAAGAAAAGGACGGAAAAGAGGAGAAAUAAGGAGCUCGGAGACUCAUCAGAGACACGGGGAGCGUUAGUUUUCUCCAUCAUGAUCCUCUGAACUCCUCCGUCCGUGUGUCUGUCUGUCUGUCCCCGACAACAACCUCUCGACCUGCCGGGACUGGGACUCCGAGAAAAAACGGAUCGAACCGGAGGGAAGCUCGCUGCUGUUGUGGAUCCGGAGGGAACCUGCGGACAGAGAUGUAGCGUGUGUGUUGGUGUGAUCGGCGGACCAUCAUGCACCUCUUCCUGCUGCUGAUCCUUCAAGCCACAGCAGCCUUCGGACAGAUCGACCCCGCACAUUGUCGCUAUGCCUUGGGCAUGGAGGAUGGACGGAUCACAAAUGAUGACAUCACAGCAUCCAGCCAAUGGUACGAGACCACAGGACCACAGUACGCCAGGCUGAACCGUGAGGAGGGGGACGGCGCCUGGUGUCCUGAGGGACAGCAGGAGCCUUCGGACAGUCAGUACCUGCAGGUGGACCUGGGCCGCCUCACCUUCCUGACGGUGGUCGGGACUCAGGGACGAUACGCCAGAAACUCCGGGAACGAGUUCGCCCGAGCGUAUCGCCUCAACUACAGCAGGGACGGGCUGCUGUGGAAGCCCUGGAGGAACCGGCAGGGAAACACAGUGAUGGAGGGCAACAAAAACGCCUACGCCUCCGUCAUCAACGACCUUCACCCGCCCAUCAUCACCCGCUACGUCCGUCUGAUCCCCGUCAACAAGCUGCUGACCACCGUCUGCAUGAGAGUGGAGCUGUACGGCUGUCCAUGGGACGACGGCCUGAUCUCCUACAGCGCUCCGGAGGGUCAGCUCAUGAUGCCACCUGGUUAUCCCAUCGCCAGCCUCAAUGACUCCACGUACGAUGGAGCACAUGAGAGGAGGAGGCUGUUCGGUGGGAUGGGUCAGCUGACGGACGGCGUGAUCGGCCUGGACGACUUCCUGCUGACGCGUCAGUACCACGUGUGGCCGGGCUACGACUACCUGGGCUGGAGGAACGACUCGCUGGGAACUCAGGGAUACGUGGAGAUGGAGUUUGUGUUCGACAGACAGAGGAACUUCACGUCCAUGAAGGUUCACAGUAACAACAUGUUCUCCCGCGGCGUGAAGAUCUUCUCCUCCGUCUCCUGCUGGUUCAAGCCCCGCCUCAUCGCCGGCUGGGAGGCGGAGCCUGUGGCGUUCAAGACGGUGCUGGACGACAGGAACCCGAGCGCCCGCUACGUCACGGUGCCGCUGAACCGACGCACCGCCAAAUCCCUCCGCUGCCGCUUUAACUUCGCUGACGUCUGGAUGAUGUUCAGCGAGAUCUCCUUUCAGUCAGAGGACACCAUACUCCCGACCCAGAUGACCCUGCUGGUGACCUCCCCUCCAGCCAGUGAGGAGAGCACCAUGACACCCACAUCAAAGACAGCAACUGUCAAUCCGUCAGCCAGUGAUCCGCCUGACGACGGGAACACGCCCAUCCUGAUUGGCUGCCUGGUGACCAUCAUCCUGCUGUUAGUCAUCAUCAUCUUCCUCAUCCUCUGGUGUCAGUACGUCUGCAAGGUGCUGGAGAAGGCUCCACGUCGGAUCCUUGAUGAGGAGGUGACGGUUCGACUGUCGUCCUGCAGCGACACCAUCAUCCUGCAGACCCCCCCCGUGCCCCCCCGCUCUGGACACGCCCCCACAGGCCCCGCCAACACUGACCCUCACUAUGAGAGAGUCUUCCUGUUGGACCCUCAGUACCAGAACCCGGCGGUGCUGAGGAACAAGCUGCCGGAGCUGUCGCAGAGCGCCGAGGCCUCAGCUCUCCUCCUCGGUAAUCCUCUCUAUGACCUCCUCCUGCUGACUUCCUGUCACAUGACGUCAGGCUGGCUGCGUGCGUGUGGAGGAGGCUACGCCGAGCCUGACGUCACCCAGUGCACACCGCACCAGUGUUUCCAUAGCAACGCGCCACACUACGCCGAGACGGACAUCGUGCGGCUGCAGGGCGUCACCGGCAGCAACAUGUACGCCGUGCCCGCCCUCACCGUCGACUCCCUCACCAGGAAGGACAUCUCCGCCGCCGAGUUCCCACGGCAACAGCUGAUCUUCAGGGAGAAGCUGGGGGAGGGGCAGUUUGGAGAGGUCCACCUGUGCGAGGCUGAGGGACUCCCAGAAUUCCUCGGGGAGGGGUCGCCCCUCCCUGACAGAGACGGCCACUCCGUGCUGGUGGCCGUUAAACAGCUGAGGGCCGACGCCACCAGUCAGGCCAGGAACGACUUCCUGAAGGAAAUAAAGAUCAUGUCUCGUCUGAACGACCCCAACAUCAUCCGGCUGCUGUGUGUGUGCGUGUCGUCCGACCCGCUGUGCAUGGUGACCGAAUACAUGGAGAACGGAGACCUCAACAUGUUCCUGUCGCAGCGGGAGAUCGAGAGCACGCUGACGCACGCCAACAACAUCCCUUCAGUCAGUCUGUCCGACCUCCUCCACAUGUCGGUGCAGAUUUCGUCGGGGAUGAAGUACCUGGCAUCUCUGAACUUCGUGCACCGAGACCUGGCCACUAGGAACUGCCUGCUGGACCGCCGCCUCACCAUCAAGAUCGCCGACUUCGGGAUGAGCCGGAACCUGUACAGCAGCGACUACUACCGCAUCCAGGGCCGGGCGGUGCUGCCCAUACGGUGGAUGGCCUGGGAGAGCAUCCUGCUGGGUAAGUUCACCACAGCCAGUGACGUGUGGGCGUUCGGUGUCACCCUGUGGGAGAUCUUCACUCUGUGUAAGGAGCAGCCCUACAGCCUGCUGUCUGACGAACAGGUCAUAGAGAACACUGGCGAGUUCUUCAGGAACCAGGGCCGACAGAUUUUCCUGUACGCCCCUCCGCUCUGCCCACCUUCUCUCUUCGAGCUGAUGAUGCGUUGCUGGAGUCGAGAUAUCCCCAACCGACCCUCCUUCGAGGGGCUUUACCAGGCCCUGAGGCCCCACGUCAACCAGUGAGUCGAAGUCGCUGGGACGUACCACUCGGGCUUUCCUCUGGACUCCUGAAAGACAACCGAACUGACAUGAGAAGACUGGUGUUGUGUUACGAGAGCGAGAGGCUGUCAGAGGGAAUGAGGGAGCUGGCAGAGCUGUGGUCAGAAGGUUGGUUUUGCUUUGUGGGAAUAGCAGCUCGCUAUUCUGAGAGACACGACUGAGAUGAGAAAAGAAAAGGUCGGUCAAAUCAGAGGAGAAACGUUUUGCAAGAUUCAAAGUGAACAAAGAUUUCUAAGCUUUUGAAAGAUUUCUGUCAAUGCCAGUUUCACAGUUUCACAGUUUCAACCAUCUCUUUAAAGCCUCUUUGACCAAAAUGUCGUCUGCCCUUUUGAUAUAUUUUCUUUUCACGGUGUUACUUUGUGCCAAAGGUGCCGUAAACUUUAUUUUCUUCCUCUCUGGACAGACUCUUCGGUCUUGGUACUUUCUCCUGUCCCUGUGGUUUUUAUUAUUAUUGUAAAGCACUGUGUCUGUGUCUCUCAGUUAUUCAUGUUCAUAUAUUAACCCACACUGGAGCUAGGGUUAGGGUCAAAUUGUAGUGUAGGAUUUUAUUUUUAUUCUAUUUUAUUUUUCUUGGUUUAUUGUAUUUCACUUGUUUUGGUCUUUUUUUUUUUGUGGAUAUGAAUGUUGUUCAGCUGAGGUUCACGUCACAGUGCCGAGAGGCUGCGUCGAAACCUUUGUGGUUCACAGACUGAAAGUCAGUCGGUGGGUAACUGUGGGUAAUUUAGGAAAGAAUCACAAUCGGAGGCACAUUGAAACCAAAUAAGAAGAAAAACAAGUAGUGCCUUUUUUGUUGCCAAAGAGAAACACAGAUUGUUUGUGUUAAAAUUACAUUAUUAUAAUAAAAUUGUAAAACUAAUCCGCAAAACAUUACACCAAUAACAUCUGCAAAUUGGUUCUUUUAUUCAAAGUGCCUUACAUCUGUGUGGUACCAGUGGGAAUUUAGCCAACAUUAAUAACAUGGGUACUGCGAGUGGGUAAAGAUCGAAUGUCAAGGUAUCACUUUACCUUUGUCUGUGUUUGUGGUUGGGCCUACAAAUGUAUACUGAGUGUGUAUACGUUUGUGUUGGAGCCCAUAGACCUGUAGGUGUAUAUGCUUUGCCUCCAUUAGUCCUGUUCUGCCUUGAUGGAGUUAGAAGUGGUUUAGGUUAGCAUUAGCCAGCUAGCCACAGAGCUGUACAAUGUUGAAAUUUGAAGUCAGUAGAUUUGUCGCUAAUAAGACAGUGAAACAAAUCACAAACCGUUCAAAUUAAAGGAGCUACUUGUGAGUUUUGCUAUAUAGUUAUAUAGCUACAUAGUUAGUGUUAGCAUUUACAGCUGUUUACUCACCAGCCUACAAGAAACGUUGCGAGUUUGGUUUUAUAAUUGUGGUGUUAUAGUGAAAAGAUUUAGUUUUGAAGACAAUGAAGACACUCUAGCCCUGUUGGAAUAUACCACAACUUUUGUAUAGAUGCUAGUUAGCUGACUAGCUAGUUCUUGGGAGACAAGCUUUACUUUAUUUUAACUGUCUAACUAACAAGCAAAGUACUUAGCAAGUCAGGUUAUGGUUAAACAAGGUUUAGCUUCAAAACUGCGGAGAUGUUGGUUAGCUUUCUGAGUUAUUUGUCUACUGUUGUCUGUAUCCAGUUCAUAAUUAGACUCUGGUAUGAUUUAAAAAGACUACAGCAGCCAAUCUGACCACAUCGAGGUAAAGUCUUGACAAGUGGAGAUCAGGCAUUACAUUCACAUUUUGGGCCGUACAUAGCAGAACUACUGUGUUAGAAUGGGGCCCUCGGACCUGAGAGCCAAUGAGCCACAAAGGACUGAGGAGCAGGGGGCUGAUACACCUUGGACAAGUCACGUCUCUCACUGCAGUAACCAGCCAAUCACUGCUGCACCUUUCCUAAUGCCCUGAAGGAGAUUCACAUUCUGUAUGUUUGAAAAACAAGUUUCUUUAAAUCUGUACUGAUUUUUGUCGCAUAGCAAUCGAAAGAGUCUUGUUUACAAAACUAAUGCAGGAUAGAUGCAGCACAGAACAAAAUGAAUGCAGAGCUGAGGACUUCACAGUGUUAGUGCAGUCUUCAGUAAAUCUGUGGAAAGGCAGAUACAGGGGAAAAGGUAAUGAUGUUGUUAGCUGUUGUGAUGAUGGGUUUUCCAUACACUGCAGCAUUUCUUGCCAACACUGAAACUGGAUUAACAUAUUUUCUCCCACUUGGAUUUUUCUAAUAUGCCAGUCACACCAACAUUUUAAUGGUUUCCAGCUUAUCUCAAUGGAAUUGCUACAAUCAGUUAAUUCAGGCGAAGCAGAUCUGUGUAAAUCUUUCAUGAAUUGGAAUCCAAAUUCAAGUUUGGUGAACUUCAACACAGAAAUUUGUGCUGUCAACUAUGGAGAAUUACAAUCAUUCAAAAAGCUGUACUAACAGGGUAUUGUAUCUGUAACUGUAGUUUUGUAACCUUGUGCAUUUAUGUUUUUAUCCAGAACUUGUUAAUUUUGUUUUCUGUCUGCAAACUCCAUGUUGAUAAACAAGAUCUACAAAAAGUACAAAACUCAGCUUACACAAACAAACUUCAGUGCUAUGGUUACAGAUACAAGAACACCUUUUUGACUGAUAUAAUAUUCCAUCGUACACCAGUAGCAAACUUGAUAGUUCUGACCUUUGAGGGAAUGGAGAGUCCAACACAGGAAAUGCUAAUAUGGCUCAUUACCUGUGUUGCACCAUUCACUUUAACUCUCCUUUGUAGAGUAUACAUUGUUGACAUGUUUUGCAGACAGUUAUGAGACAGCUGGCUAGCUAGCUAAGUGAUUGUUAGCUAAGUGCUAACAGACAGUUAAUAGGCUAGAUAGCUCUCCAAGUUAGCAAGCGCACUAAGUGACAGUUAUGCUGCGUUCACGUCAUAUCGGAGUUACCUUAAUUUCCUACUUGUAUAAAACGAGUUCAACAUCCAAUUUGUAAUUAUGACUGUCUGGGAAAGUCUAAUUUUUCUGAAACCUGUGAUAUAUCCAACUUUCCAUCAAAGUCUGUUGCUAAAGGUUAUUAAAUGCAUGACCCUAGCAUCUCUGCAAAAACAACCGUAACUCAAGGUUAUUACACUUUCGUCAAAUUUCACUCUGUUUUUUUUUUUUUUUGCUUGUUAGCUAGUAAACGUUCUUUGCAGAAAUGUAGCAAACAUUUGUGUCUUUCUGUUUAGCUUUGUUAGUGUUUGUUGAUUAUGACAACUGGAAUCUCCAGUAAUAAGUAAGACGCAGUAGCAUAAGAAGACUGACAGCUGCCAUCAGUUAAACGCUGACAUGAGUGCGGCAUUAGCAAGCUAGCUAACUUGAAGAGCUAGCAUGUUAGCAGUUAGUUCACCAACUAACCCUGCAAGAAAAGUCAACACUGACGUCAGCAGGGCGUUAGCAAGCUAGCUAACUUGAAGUGCUAGCAUGUUAGCAGUUAGUUCACCAGCUAACCCUGCAAGUAAAGUAAUUCCGUCACCAAUGGGUCUACCAAUUUCUUCAUUUUAUGUCCCACUCUUUUUAUGUUUUAGCCUCUUAGUUAAUGCAGUACGCGUGUACAGUAUUUUGAAUCCUCCCGUAGAACAGAUUGUUCAAAAUAUAAAAGGGUGUAAACCAAAAUCAUCUUGACAGUAAAGAGGGAGGAAGACCAAACAUUUUCGAGUGUUUUUUGUCGUUACAGUAGUGUUUUGUUAUCUGUACUGUAUCUUCUAUGAGUGUAUGAGCGUGUGUGUGUGUGUGUGUGUUUUUAAGAGAUGAUGAGUUUUGUGAAUGAGUGUUUUCGACAUUCCUUUGAGCACUGGGAGCUAGUUGGGAUUAUAGUGGUUGACCAGAGGUGCUCUGUUGUACCAAAUUAUGUGAUUAAAAGAGGGAGAAAAGAUUUUUUUUUAAGAUGAGAGGAAAAGUGCAGGAAGUAAGGAAACCACUAAACUCAAUCUCCCAGAGUCCUUUGCUACAGUGAGCCUGUGUAUUUUGUUCUGGUUGCAUUAGAGAGAUAGACGAGUCAUUUAGUUUGAUAGUGUACAGUAUAAGUGAUCUAUAAUAUCUCAGUGUGUGAAUGCAGAUUAGGUGUGAUAAUUGUUAUUGAUCAGUGAUUAUCUAUCAGAAUUUAUAGUAGCUAGUUCUCAUGAUUAUUUCUAUUCUGGAAAGGUGUUGGGUUUUUUUUUCUUGUUUUUUUUCCAACAGGAAUUCAGCAGCUUUGAAUCUUUCUAUCAGAGACGUCCUGUUUGUUUUCCUGCUGUGUUCUCUCCGGUUUCUCAUCCACACUGUUUGAGCUUCAGUCUCAUCUUCAGUAUUGUUCCAGACAUAUAUUGUACAUAGGCUAGUAGCUGUGUAUAUUAAUAUAUUGGGAGGUAGGAACUUUGCGUUCUGUCGUCCCAAGUCAUUUUCACUCUGUACUCUCAUGUCUCGGUUUGUUUUUCUUAAUAAUAAACAGUAAAAUUUGUCAAACAGAA